AACUUCCUGUAGAGCAGAAACAUGUGAGAGAACGUGCCUUAUGGUCCUCGCACUGUUUACAGAAAUUCAUAUGACAGAGUCUUUAGUGGUAUCGCGACUUGUAUAUAAUACCUGUAAUCAAGAGCGCUGUUUCAGAGACGUUUGCUGGCUGUGAAGAACAGUCGAGCUGAACUCGUGUCGAAAAUGCCAGCAGUCACUUUAUUCGUCCAGAAACUACCCGCAACAGCCACCAGUGAAAACCUAGCUGAGGUUUUCUCUGAAGUAGGUCCGCUGAAGAAUUGCUUUGUUGUCAAGGACAGAGAGACUGAAAAAUGUCGUGGCUUUGGAUACGUUUGCUUCUCAAUGGAAGAAGAUGCACAGCGGGCCAUAAAAGAAGUCAUCGAGUUUGAAGGGAAGAAGAUAUUGGUGACUGUGGCAAAGAAAAAAAUUAGCGAUAAGAAAAAGAAAAAAGUAAACGCAGAAGGAGAUUCAGAAGAUAACAAGCAACCAAAGCAUACACCAACAGAAACCACAAGCCCUGCAAAGAGUACAGGCAUAAAAAAGAAUCAACUGAAAGCUCGACUGAUCAUCCGAAAUCUCAGUUUUAAGUGUGAGGAAGAUGAUUUAAAACGGAUCUUCUCUGGGUUUGGAACAGUGACGGAGGCCAAGAUUCCCCUAAAACCAGAUGGAAAGAAGCGAGGUUUUGCGUUUGUGCAGUUUAAGAACGUGGCGGAAGCUGGAAAAGCUCUGGCUGCGAUGAACCUGAAGGAGAUCAAAGACAGGCAGGUGGCUGUGGACUGGGCCAUUGCAAAAGACAAGUAUCUCACCAACCGAUCAACCGAUGCAGCUGGAACCAUCAAAGAAGAGAGUGUGAAUUCUAAGGGUCCAGGAGCUGAUGGGAAUGAAGAAAAAGAGGCCAAGAAAAAGCCCACAUUACAGGAGGAAAAGGAUGACUCAGAAGAAGAAGAAGAAGAGGCAUCCGAGGACGAGGAGGAGGAUGAUGAUGAUGAUGAUGAAGGCAAUAGUGAAGAUGAUGGUGCAGAAAGUGACUCUGAAUCUCAGCAGACAGACAAUGAUGACAGUGAACCUGAUGAUGAUGAUGAUGAUGAUGAUGAUGAUGAUGAUGAUGAUGACGACGACGACGACGACGACGACGACACUGAAGGAAAAACUCCUCCAAAGAAGAGGAGAAACCCUCUUCCUUCAGAUGUGAAUGAGGGAAGAACCGUCUUCAUCAGAAAUCUGGCCUUUGACACGGACGAAGAGGGUUUGGAAGAAGUGUUGUUGCAGUUUGGAGAGCUAAACUACGUGUGUGUGGUGAUGAGCGCAGACACGGGAUAUUCAAAAGGUUGUGCAUUUGCUCAGUUCAAAAGUAAAGAAGCGGCAGACAGAUGUAUCGCUGCUGCUGAGGCUGAAAGUGAAAAAGAGUUUAGUGGCUUUAGGCUUGAUGGCAGGAGGUUGAACAUUGUGCCUGCCGUGAACAGAGACGACGCUGCCAAGUUCAAGGACAAGAAAGUGAAAACUCACACAGGCGUCAGGAACCUCUAUCUCGCCAGAGAAGGCUUGAUUCGCGCCGGAUCCAAGUCUGCAGAGGGAGUUUCAGAAACUGACAUGGCCAAGAGAACAAGAUUUGAGGAGCUGAAAAGGGCAAAGUUAAAGGACAUCAACGUUUAUGUGUCUAAAACACGGCUGUGUGUUCAUAACCUGCCUAAGUAUGUGGAUCAACAGAAAUUUCGGAAGCUCUCUUUCUCCGCUGCUGGUGGUAAAGGGGUCUGCAUCACUGAGUGUCGGGUGAUUUAUGACAAGAAGCCUGUUCGUGGUCAGGUGAUCGGGAAGUCUCUGGGAUAUGGCUUUGUGGAGUUUAAAGAGCACGAACAUGCCCUACAGGCCCUACGCCACCUCAACAACAACCCAGACAUUUUUGGACCCCAAAAGAGACCCAUAGUGGAGUUCUCUCUGGAGGAUGGAAGGAAGCUGAAACUUAAAGCCGCCCGUUUGGAAAACAGCAAGAAGCAACUCAAAAAAGGGAGUAGCCAAAAAGGAGAGCAACUGCCGCAGAAGCAGAAGCAGCAGCAGCAUUCAGAGAAAAAGAAAGGACCCUUGAGGAAAGAAAGCGUAGUUAAUGUUAUUAAACAGGAGAAGGAACAAGGAAUCCAUUACAGCGGCUUUAUGACCAAAUCAGAGGUGGAGCAUGUCGAAAUGAAGGACGGCAAAAAGCGGCCCAAGGUUCUGCACAUGCCUUCACACAGAGGCCCAAAGAUCAGAAAACGAGAUAAAGGUAAACCACCCAUGAUACAGCCCAAGAAACAGAAGCAAGGUCCCAGCAGGAAGGAGAGAAAGAGGUCUGCUUUCAUUGAGAAAUCCAGCAUGAACAGGAAACCGUUGCAGAAUGGCAAACCUGCAAAGAGAAUCUUCCAGAAUAGAGAAGAUGUCCGCUUUGACACACUGGUGAACCAGUACAAAAAGAAACUAAUGGGAACAUCAAAUACAAAGACUGCAAUCAAGAAGAGCAAGUGGUUCAGCUGAACAUGACAGGCUGAAAGAAAAUGUCAAAAUGUUGAAAAACUCUCACAGAAGGACUAAGUUUAAUACUUGUGACGCUUGAGUUUUUUAAAAAAGUAAGUUUUUCACCAUGUGAUGAAAUACUUCUUGUUUGCCUCAGAAGUAUUUACUUUAUAGAAAUAACAGAAUGCAGAGAUGGUUUCAAUAUGCAUGUUUGUUUUUUAAACUACAUGUUUGUCAAGA